AUGGGCGGUGUGGCCGCUCUUCCCAAAGCCCCAGAUACUGCAGCACUGCUCAGCAAGCCGUCGGCCGAUCUUGAUGUUGCGGCGAGCCAGGUCGAGGCUUUGGCGAAGAAUGCUCACGAGGCGGCUUUUGAGCAGUUGGAAGAAUCGGGGCCGUUUCGUGCGGACACUUGCACGAAGGAUAAUGUUUCAGUUCGGAGAGAAUGGGGUGUUUUAAAAGACGAAGAAAAAAAAGAGUACAUCAACGCUGUGCUCUGCCUCCAACGAAAGCCGGCAAACACGCCGCAAGCCCUUGCGCCGGGGGCAAAGACACGCUAUGACGACUUUGUCGCCGUCCACAUCAACCAAACCAUGACUAUUCAUGAAACUGGAACGUUUCUCUCAUGGCACAGAUGGUUCACCUGGGCAUACGAGCAAGCCCUGCGCAAUGAAUGCGGCUACACGGGAACCCAACCGUACUGGGACUGGAGCCAAACAGCGCGAACCGGCUUCGCCGCCUCCCCCAUAUUUGACGGUAGCGCGGUGUCCCUGUCCGGCAACGGCGCACCCGUCCCCAACCAAGGGGAAGUGCUAGUCGGAGGGCCCGACACGACAGGGCUCGCACCGAUCCGCCUCCCACCCGGCAGCGGAGGCGGCUGCGUGUACGCCGGCCCCUUCAGCAACAUGAGCGUCAACCUCGGGCCCGCACUGCUGUUCCUACCGAACGGAAGCCACGUCUCGGCUUCCAACCCACUGGACUACAACGCGCGGUGCCUGCGACGGGACCUCACAGACGCAGUCUUGCGUGCAAACGCCAACGCCUCGUCCAUCGCCACGCUCGUACUGGACUCCGGCGACAUCCACAGCUUCCAGACCGCGAUGCAGGGCGCGCCGGGGGCGAGCCUGGGCGUGCACGGCGGCGCGCACUACGCGCUGGGCGGCGAUCCGGGGCGGGAUUUUUUCGUGUCGCCCGGGGAUCCGGCGUUCUUCUUGCAUCAUGCGAUGGUGGAUCGCGUGUGGUGGGUGUGGCAGAUGCGGGGGCAGGGGGUGCGGCUGCCGCAGGUGGCGCAGACGGGGACGUUUUUGGAUGUGCCCAAGUCGCGGAAUACGUCGUUGGGGGAUGCGGUCGAUUUGGGGUUUGCGCUGGGGAGUAUGGGGCUGCGAGAGCAGCUGAUGAGGGUAGGGGAUUUGGUGAGUACGGUUGGGGGUCCGUUUUGCUAUGUUUAUGAGUGA